AUGGCCUGCUACGCACGAGGCUGCGCUGCGGCGCGACCGGCGUCUCGCCCGCUGCGCACAUUUGCCAGCGCGCGCGCCUCCUCCUCCUCCUCGACCCCUGUCCAACGCAGGCAGCUGCAUCCCAUCCGGCUAUCGACCUACUUCCAGCCCACGCACAAGGCCUCGUCCAGCGCCUCGGGGGACGACGCACUCGCCUCGCUGCAGCUGCUCCUCCGCGGUGGCUACAUCCGCUCCUCCUCCUCGGGCGUGUUCACCUUACUCCCGAAUGCGCUGCGCAUCGUGCGCAAGCUCACGGCGAUCAUCGAUGACGAGCUGCACGCCAUCGGCGCAUCGCGUCUCGCCAUGCCCACGCUCCUCCCCGCCAAGCUGUGGCGCCAAACGGGCCGGUACGAAAUCAUGGGCAGCGAGCUGUACAAACUCCGCGACCGUCGUGAUGCCGAGUACGUGCUGGGUCCGACGCACGAGGAGGAAGUCACGCGGCUGGUGGCGGGCCACGUGGAGAGCGACCGGCAGCUGCCCGUGCGCGUCUACCAAGUCACACGCAAGUUCCGCGACGAGCCACGCCCGCGCAUGGGCCUGCUGCGCACCAAGGAGUUCCUCAUGAAAGACCUCUACUCGUUCGACAAGAGUGCUGCGGAUGCUGCGCGCGCCUACGACGACGUGACGGCCGCGUAUACAUGCAUCUUUGACCGCAUCUUCACCGGUGCCGACGGACGCAGGUGGGUGGCGGCCGAGGCGGAUACCGGCGCGAUCGGCGGCAACAAGUCGCACGAGUACCACGUGCAAGAUGCCGCGGGCGAGGAUAGGUUGAUCACAUGCAGCAAGUGCGGCUAUGCGGCCAACACUGAAAAGGCGGUGUCUAUGCCUGAUCCGCAACACAUGCCCAUCAGCGCCUCGGACGUGCGUGUGCUGCUGUACGCAUGUCCGGACCUCGAUGUGCACGAUACACCCAUGCACGCACUCGUGCUCCCCGCCACGCGCGAGCUCAACGCGGUCAAAGCGGCCAAGCUCUCGUCCUCGCUCGCACCGGCAACGCAGCUGCUGUACGACUCUGCCUCGCCCCAACCGGCACAGUGGGACUGGAAGGACCGUCCCGAAGGCCCGCUUCUCCGAUACAGCACACUCGCCGUCCUGGCCGAUUUCGAAUGCGCAUCGCUCGACCCCGCCGAACUCAACGAUGCCCUCGCCACCGCCCUGUCCACCUACACCUCUCCCUCUGCCUCGUCACCCCCUGCUUCCCUUGCGGAGCUGUUUCCCGCGCAGUUCGGUGGGGACACUCCUGUGGCUCCUGCACUUACGCUCGUGGAUGUGCGCACGGCGCAGCAAGACGACACGUGUUCGAGCUGCAAGAGCAUCGCUUCGCUGCAAGAGACGCGCGCGAUCGAGGUGGGGCAUACCUUCUUUCUCGGCGACCGGUACAGUCGCGCACUCGAAGCCGGCUUCCUCCCGACCGCCGCUACGAAAGCCGCUGCUGGCGGUGUCAUGUCGAAUGGGAGGGUGCCGUUCCAGAUGGGCUGCUAUGGCAUUGGCGUAUCGCGCAUCCUGGGCGCCCUGGCUCAAAAAGCCGCCUCGGACUUUACCCGCGCCACGUCGAAAGCGGGCUUGCUCUGGCCGCGCCAAGCCUCGCCGUUCACUGCUGCGAUCCUGGUUGCCGACGUGCGCGAUUCGAACAAACUCGAGGCAGCUACUCGGGUGUACGAUGCUCUCGUCUCCAAGGCGCGCACGCAGGAUCUCUCCAUCCACGCCGUUCUAGCGCGCAUCCUAGGUGGCAACGCUCAAGACGAUCUCGGUUGGUCGAGCGACGAGGCGCACGAGGUGGUGAUCGACGACCGCCGCGCCCAGCUGGGUGCCAAACUCGCCGAUGCCGAUCUGACCGGCUACACGUACCGCCUCAUCAUCGGUCGCCACUUGCACUCGCACUCACCGCACAUCGAGGUGCAACAUCUCACCCCCACCGGUCUCGACUCUGUCCUCGUUCCGCUCGAAACAUUGUGCAAUUGA